AUGAGGACUCUCGAACAGAAUGCGAGGGAGAUUGUCCAUCGAUGGCAGUACGUAAUCGAUAAGCUUUCCAACAAUGUGUUCUUCAUGGUCGUUCUGAGCAGAGUGGUCAAUCCCGUUCAAGCGAACGCCACGACGAUCCAAGCUUCCUUCAAUUCACUCUACCUCGGAGGGAUAGAGGGUUCGAUGCCAAUGAUGGAUGCGAAAUUCCUAGAUCUGGGUUUGAAAAGGGAGAACUGCGUGGAGAUGAGUUGGGUGAAACCGAUUCUCUACUUCGUCGGGAACCCACUCGACGCCCCGCUGGAGAGCUUGCUGGACAGGACGAUUUUCGCAACUAGGUCGACGAAAUUCAAAGGGAAAUUCAAAGCCUCUCGUUCUGAGACUUCGUCUUCUCCAAGAGGAGAUUGCUUCAUUGGAUGGCGAUGGCGAUGGUUGUUUGGAAGACGAAACGUUCGAUUGGGAUAUGGCGACUUCUCCAAACCUAGAAUCUCCCCCAAUUGA